AUGGAUGAUAGGGAAUGCCGCCUUUUGGAUGCUGAAUUGAAUAAAGAGGGAGGAUACAAUAUGGACAAAGUACGAGAGAUUGCCAGUACGGGAUUACCGCUGUCCAUAACGUGGCUGCAAAGAGCGAAGAUCUGGAAACUGCUUGUUGGAAUUACGACUCCGAACACAAAUGAUGCUACAUUAGAAAAGAUGAGAAGCAAGUACCGAACCCUAGCUGCAAAUAAGUUUAAUGGAUCUGUGGAAUUUUCUUCGUCGGACGCACCCUUGACUCCGACCACUCCAUCGAGUCCCGACAUGCCGUUGUCUCCGCUUCACUACCGUAAGUCGGAAGAGGGGACGGGGGUAAUCGAGCAGCGGUUCGAUCUGAGUCAGCUGCGGCAGAUAAGGCUUGACUUGGUUCGGACCAGGCCUGACCGGUUUAGUCGGUUCUUUGGUGGGCGGAAGGCUCAAUUUGUACUUACACGUCUGCUGUAUGUCUGGGGUGUAACGAACCCAGCCUGUGGUUAUGUACAAGGAAUCAAUGACAUUGCAGUGCCAUUUUUCAUUGUGUAUGCGCUGGGCGAAUUGCAAAAACGGACUGGAGACCAUCUCAGUACGAACUUUGACCAUAUCAAUGAAAUUCUAGUCGAUGAUGAUUACCUUACUGCUGAAUGUGACACAUUCCUGACGCUACAAAUCAUUCUAAACGAAGUUCAAGACAACUACAUUGCCGGUAGACCAGGAGUUAAUGAAUAUAUACGUACACUUAACAAAAUGCUAAGCAGAGUUCAUCCAGCGCUGCAUGGACACUUGAAGGAGAUUGGAGUGGCAGAAGAACAGUUUGCUCUCCGAUGGGUCAACUGUAUAUUCGCCAGAGAAUUUUCCAGUUUAACCCUAAUCCGACUUUGGGAUGGAAUUUUAUCAGAAGAGAUCCGUAAUCUGAAGUCGACAUUGAUAUAUAUUUCUGUAACAUUACUAAUGAAGUUCGGCGAUCGAAUUCUGCAAUACGAUUUUGAAAAAUCAAUGCUGCUUCUACAACGACUGCCAACUUUAGAAUGGACACCAGAGGAGAUACCCACCCUUCUAGCAGAGGCUUACGUGUGGCGUUGUCUUUUCGCUGAGUCUCCACAACAUCUGCGGUAG